AAUAUAUAAUUUAAAGAAACCAAAGAGGAAAAGAUAUUGAAAGAAGAAAUAGAUAAUUUAAAGAAGGAACUUGAGAAAAAUUCGACACCGAGUUCAGAACCUGCCGGGGACCAACACUCUUUACAUGAAAAACUUCUGCACAAGGAAAGGGAAUUAGAGAUGCUAAUCAAAGAUUUAGGGAACAAAAUUAGAUUUGGGCAGAAAGCUGUUGAAAGGCCUGGAUCUGGAGCUGGCAGGACUGGCAGCUUCCCUGAUGGACCUCCUUCUCAGUCUGGAUCUAUUGAUGGCUCUAGAAGUGUGGAGUUCACGGAUAGGCCUAGAUCUCGUGGUACUGCAGCUGCAUGGACAAUGCCUGGUGAUGAGCGAAGAGGAUUUCAAGGUGGCAGGGAUAGAGGAUUUCAAGGAAACAGAGAUAUGGAAAGGCCAAGAUCAAGGGAGAGAUGGUGAACC